AUGCUUCUCACCAAACUCGUCUCCACCUUGUCGUUAUGCGCCGCUGUCCUGGCUGCUCCUGCCCAGCAGAAGCGUGCAGUCGGCUUCAACUGGGGAUCUGAGAAGAUUCGCGGUGUAAACAUUGGUGGAUGGUUGGUCCUGGAGCCCUGGAUCACCCCAUCAAUCUUCGACAAUGCAAACAGAGGCCGCCCGCAAAACGAUAUUGUUGACGAGUACACGUUGGGUGAAAAGCUUGGCAGCCAAAAUGCCCUUAACAUCCUUCGUAACCACUGGAAUACUUUUGUUACCUGGCAAGACUUCAACAAAAUCAAGCAGUCUGGCUUCAACGUUGUCCGUAUUCCCAUUGGUUACUGGGCAUACGACACCUUUGGCUCGCCCUACGUCGGCGGAGCAGCUGUCUACAUUGAUGCUGCCAUCGACUGGGCUCGCAGCCUAGGCUUGAAGAUUAUUAUUGACCUUCACGGUGCACCUGGAUCCCAGAACGGGUUUGACAACUCUGGCCAACGCAUGGAUCGCCCCACAUGGCAACAGGGCGACACUAUCCGAAGGACCCUACAAGUUUUGCGCACAAUCUCCCAAAAGUACGCACAAACAAGCUACCAGGACGUCAUCAUCGGUAUCCAACUACUCAACGAGCCCGCACUUUACAAUGGCCUUAGUCGUGAUGUCCUUGCACAGUUCUACCGCGACGGUUACGGCCAAGUGCGCGAGGUUUCCGACACCCCAGUUAUCAUUUCCGACGGCUUCACUGCACCAAGCUCCUGGAACGGCUUCCUCACACCCUCAGAUGCCAACGCCCAGAAUGUAGCCAUUGAUAACCACCAGUAUCAAGUAUUCGAUUCCAACCUGCUCAAACUGUCGCCCGCCGGACACGCUCAACAGGCCUGCAGGAACACUGGCGCAUAUGGCGGUGCAGACAAGUGGACCUUUGUUGGAGAGUGGACUUCCGCCAUGACGGACUGCGCACGUUACUUGAACGGCUACGGCCGUGGUGCCCGCUAUGAUGGUACCUACCUGGGCAACCCCAAGCUGGGCGAGUGCGGCUGGCGAAACGACCUAGCGCAGUGGCCCGCCUCUUACAAGGACGACUCCAGGCGCUACAUCGAGGCCCAGAUCCGCGCUUUUGAGUCGACGACCCAGGGCUGGUUCUGGUGGAACUUCAAGACCGAGAGUGCGGCUGAGUGGGAUGCUUUCAGGCUUAUCGACGCUGGUGUCUUCCCCGCCAUUAGAAACGGACAGGUAGAGUACAAGUUUGGUGCCGCCUGCUAG